AUGAGUCAAACAUGCCACUCCCAUGAAAUGUGGCUGUUACAAGUUUUUGAUUGGUCAUGCAUAAUUGCCAUUACUUUUGCACAACAAAUCGAUCCUUACAAUACAAAUAACAUCAAUGAUAAUAGAAACGUCAAUGAUAAUAAUCAAUUAUACAAUUCAAACUCAAAUUACAAUCCUAGUUUGAACUACAAUCCAAAUCCAAAUUUUGAUCCAAACACAAAUUACAAUCAGAAUUCUAAUAUCAACCAGAAUUCUAAUAUCAACCAGAAUUCCAACUUGGACAUAAAUACCAACUACAAUGCCAAUCCAAACUAUAACCCAAACUUCAAUUUCAACCCAAACUCAUACAGUGGGAGUGGGUAUCAAGGAAAUUAUGGUUAUGGAAAUGAAGAAAUGAAAUGCCCAGAAUAUUGGGUCCAGUUUCAAAAUAUGUGCUACCGUUUCAUUAAAUCCCCACUGAGAGCCUAUAAUGAAGCAAGGAAAAUCUGUCUGACUUUCACUUCAGAAACAGGUGGAUCAGAUUUAGUUUCAAUAGGUAGCUCUGAAGAACAUGGCUUUUUAGUUCAUCAAUUGAAUAAACUGGAUCCUCAACAUCGUAGAUGGUAUGUUGGAGCUCGCCAGACAUCUCCAAAUUAUUAUACAAAUCCUGAUGGAUCUCAGUUAGCAAACAUGGAUAAUGCAUUCCUUAAUGAUAUAGAUUCAAACAGAGAUCGUGAUUCAUUUUAUGGAAGAGAAAUGAUAAAAGACUAUUUGGCUUACAAUUUCUCAAAAACUUUUUUGCAUUGGGGAUUCCAGAAAGUUAAAGGAGAUGAACCUUUGCUAUUUAUCUGUGAAGCAAAUAUUUUAUCUCUCCAAAGAUUGGUUACUGAAGAUAGAGCUUAUACUUAUGGAAUUGAUAUUACUGAUCCAGAGAGGAUACCAAGGGGGCCUUAUUUUAUUAAACAACCUAGUGAUACUAUAUUUGAUAUGUCCAAGAGAAAGUUAUAUAAUGAUAUUAGUUUAAGUUGUUUGGCUGGUGGAUACCCAACUCCAACUUAUGAAUGGUACAGAGAACUUUAUGAAAAUGACCGACUAGUGGCUUAUAAAAUAGAUCCCUUACAAGAUGGCAGGUACACUGUCAGUGGUGGAACAUUGAUAAUUCAUAAUCCUCAACAAAAGCUAGACCAUGCUAUGUACCAUUGCAAAGCAAACAACAAAUUCGGAACAAUUAUUUCAGAAAGUGUCCAGCUCAACUUUGGAUUCAUCUCUGAAUUUGUUUUGAAGCGAUCCCCAGAAGCAGGAGACCAAAACUGGGGAAAAUCCAUAUUCUGUGAUCCUCCAAAUCAUUUCCCUGCUGUCAGGUAUUCCUGGUCACGUGACUAUUUUCCGAAUUUUGUUGAAGAGGAUGGGAGAGUGUUUGUGUCUAAUGAUGGAGCAUUGUACUUUUCUGCUCUAGAAACUAUUGAUAGGGCCAAUUACAGUUGCAGUGUAAACUCUGAGUUCUCUGACUCAGGUAGGAAUGGACCUUUCUUCUCACUGCGUGUCAAUCCACAUUCAAAUUAUCAGCAGCUGAAAUUCCCAAACAAUUUUCCUAAGGCUUUUCCAGAAGCUCCAAUUGCUGGGAAAGAUGUGAGAUUGGAAUGUGUUGCAUUUGGAUAUCCAGUUCCAAGCUUCAAUUGGACAAGAAAAGAUGGUGUUUUGCCAAGAAGUUCAUAUCUCACUAACUUCAAUAGGGUCCUCAUGAUACAGAAUGUUCAAGUUGAGGAUGAAGGGGAAUACAUAUGCCAUGCUUAUAAUGAUAGAGCUAGUAUAUUCAGCACAGUUAUUCUAAAUAUUCAAGCAGAACCAACAUUCACCAUCCCAUUAACUGACAAGCAUGUAGAUAGCAAAAGUGAACUAGUAUGGACCUGUGAAGCAUUUGGAUUGCCUGAUGUCAACUAUACUUGGUGGAAAGAUGGAAGACAACUUGUUAUGGGCUAUUUGGAACCAGAAGAUCAAGGUAGAAUAAAAAUUCAGGACAAUGUUCUCACAAUCUCCUAUCUGGAUCAGGAGAGAGACCCAGGAAUGUAUCAGUGUAGGGCUUCCAAUACUUUGAAAACAAAAUAUUCAUCUGCACAACUACGAGUACUAGCUUUCAAACCAUCUUUCAAGAAGAACCCAUUGGAAUUUGAAACAUAUGCAGCAGAGGGGGGUAAUGCUACUAUAAUAUGUAAACCUGAAGCAGCUCCAAAACCAACAUUCAGGUGGAAAAAAGAUGGAAAUGUGUUAGGAGCAGGUGGCCAUAGAAAAAUAUUUGAAAAUGGCAAUCUCUUCAUAAGUCCUGUGUCUCGAGAUGAUGAAGGUGUCUAUACAUGUACAGCCUCAAAUGAACUAGGCUUGGAUGAAUCAAAGGGCAGACUGAUUGUUCUAAGAGGUCCCCGUUUUGUAGAACCUUUAAGAGAGGUUAUUGUAGCCUCUGUCGGUCACAACAUUGAUCUCCGUUGCUAUGCAGUUACAGAUGAAAUGUUAGAUAUAGCAUAUAACUGGAAACACAAUGGUAUGAUGAUUCGAGAUAUUGAUGUUGUGAACUCAGACAACCGAUUGAAAGUUGAUGGUGGGUACUUACGAAUUCUGAACACCACAUUCUCUGAUAAUGGGGAAUACGAAUGCGUUGUCAAAUCAGCUGUUGGGCGGAUAAUUUCGAAAUCUAGGAUAGUCAUUGAAGGACCUCCAGGCCCACCAGGUGGUGUACAAGUCAUUGAAAUCCUAAGAUCCUCCUUUACAUUACAAUGGACCGAUGGAGCUCAUCAUGGUUCUCCAAUCCACAGCUACACGAUUAGCGGCCGUACAAACUGGAACAACACAUGGGUUAAUAUAACACACAAUGUGAGAGGCACAGAAAUCGAUAGGUACACAGGGCGGAAAGAAGCUCUCAUAGACAAUAACUUGACGCCGUAUUCCACUUACGAAUUCCGCGUAGCCGCUUGGAAUAACUUAGGAAUGGGUACUCCUUCCCUGCCAAGUCCCAGACAUUCAACACCCCCGGAUAGACCGUUUAUCCCACCCCAUAACAUCGGUGGUGGUGGAGGCAAAUCGGGAGAUUUGAGGAUAACUUGGACCCCAUUGAAAUCUGACGAGCAGAAUGGGCCGGGAAUCUAUUACAAAAUAUUCUGGAAACGUUUGGAAGGCGAAACCGAGUUUCAGAGUAUGAGCCUCCAAGAAUAUGGCAACACUGGGGAAGCUAUUGUGAACAUAGAAGGGCAGUACUUCUAUACACAAUAUAUAGUCAAGGUUCAAGCUAUCAAUGAAGUUGGAGCCGGGCCGAUUAGCCAUGAGGAAGUUAUCUAUUCUGCUGAAGACAUGCCUCAGGUUUCUCCACAGUUGGUCAUUGCCAAGUCAUUCAACUCUACUGCACUGAAUGUGAGCUGGGUGCCGGUUGAUCAAUCAAGGGCGAGGAUCAAAGGAAAACUUAUUGGCCACAGGAUUAAGUAUUGGAAGAAAGAUGGUGAUGAAAAAGACAGUGUGUACUAUCUGUCAAGAUCCACGAGACCAUGGGCGCUUAUUGUUGGUCUUGAACCGGAUACUUAUUAUACUGUUAAAGCUAUGGUAUAUAAUGCAGCAGGAGAAGGACCUGAGAGUGAAAGAUUCAUUGAGCGUACAUUCAAGAAAGCGCCACAAAAACCGCCAUCCUCAGUACUGGUUUAUGGUAUCAAUCCCUCAACUGUCAAAGUUGUGUGGCGAUAUGUGCAGCCAUCUUUGCAAGAGGAACCCUUGCAAGGUUAUAAAAUCCGUAUUUGGGAGAGUGAUCAAGAUCUUAGCACUGCAAAUGAUACGAUUAUCCCCUUCGGUGGGAAACUGGAAGGUUAUGUUUACAAUCUUUCACCAGGAAAGACUUACAAAUUGCGAGUACUAGCUUACUCUAAUGGUGGAGAUGGAAGGAUGAGUUCACCAGAAAAGGAAUUCCAAAUGGGUAAGCCGGAAUAUUAUCGAAGCACAGCUAAUAAUGUACAAAAUAGUUUAUUAACUAUUGCUAUCACUUUUACAUUAAAUCUUCUACUCAGACAUUUAUGA